CUCGAAACAGUUACCUUUGCGGAUGUCCUAGAGAAAUUCCCCAGUGCCCGUCCUCCAGUGGAAACUUUAUGCGAAAUCAUCGGAGAGAUCAAACCAAGACACUAUAGUAUUGCGAGCGCACAAAGUGCCGUCGGAGAUAGAGUUGACCUCUUGGUCGUGACUGUGGAUUGGGUGACACCAUCCGGGCUCAAGACUGGCCAAAAAGUUACGGUUUCAAUCAAACCGAGUGUCAUGAAACUACCACCCAGCAAUAUGCAGCCCAUCAUCAUGGCAGGUUUAGGAACUGGCGCGGCACCAUUCCGAGCGUUCAUGCAACACCGUGCUUUGUUAGCAUCCAAAAACAUCCCCGUGGGACCAAUGCUCUAUUACUUUGGAUCUCGACAUCGUUCAGAAGAAUACCUCUAUGGUGAGGAGAUUGAGGCAUUCCUCCAAACUGGUGUCAUCACCCACGCUGGUCUCGCCUUCUCGCGUGAUGAGAAGCGCAAGGUCUACAUUCAACACAAGAUGCUUCAGGAUGGGAAAAUGCUAGCCGAUAUGCUCGGUGAGAAGAAGAACCAAAAGGGUGUAUUCUACCUAUGCGGGCCGACAUGGCCGGUACCUGACGUCUUUGAGGCCAUCGUUGGUGCUUUGGGCGAGUACGAGGGUAUGGAGAGGUCAGUAGCAGAACAAUAUAUAGAAGAUCUCAAAGAGGAAGAAAGAUAUGUAUUAGAAGUCUACUAG